GGACUGGGUGCGCGCGGGGGUCCGUGAACGCCUCACAGAGGAUCAGAGUCCCGGACCAGAGACCCGGACCAGAGAGACCUGCUUCCGGUCAGGAUCCUUCAAGUUUCCUUCUUAUGGCAAAGUUUCUGUCUGGAUUACUGUCAUGUACUCUUCCUGAUAGAGGAACCCACCCUGUGUUUGAGCCGAAGAUUCGCGGGGCGAGUGAGCGCACUGCAUUUGACAACAAACUGGACGACAUGCCGCAGACACCACCGUUCAAAGGGCAGCUGAACUCCGGCAGCUACAACAACAACCUGUACCGGAGCAGUGAGGAGGCGUACCACGACCUGUACUACCAGGACCACAGCCUGGUGUCGGGGUCCCUGGAGGCCCUCAUCCACCACCUGGUUCCAACCGUGGACUAUUAUCCAGACAGGACGUACAUCUUCACCUUCCUGCUCAGCUCGCGCCUCUUCAUCCGCCCACAUGAAGUCAUGUCCAGAGUGUGUCAGCUGUGCGUGGAGCAGCAGAGGCUCGCCGACCCCCCGGCUGAGAAGCUGCGGCUCAGGAAGAUCACGCCGAAGGUUGUGCAGCUGCUGACGGAGUGGACGGAGACCUUCCCCUACGACUUCAGAGACGAGAGGAUGAUGCGCAGCCUGAAGGAGCUGACCCACCGGCUCUCCACCGGAGAGGAGGUGUACAAGAAGGCGGUGGGUCAGAUGAGCCAGGGCCUGAUCAGGAGAUUGACGGUUCUCAGUCAGUACGAGGAGGCGCUGGUGAGGAUCAACGCCACCGCAGCUGAGCGCCUCGCAGCCCUGAAGGCCAAACCUCAGGCGGUGAUCCAGAGAGACUUACUGUCGGUCUGCAACGACCCGUUCACCGUGGCCCAGCAGCUCACGCACAUAGAGCUGGAGAGACUGAGCUACAUCGGACCUGAAGAAUUUGUUCAAGCUUUCGUCCACAAAGACCCUCUGGACAAUAAGAGCUGCUUCAGUGAUCACAAGAAGGCCAGCAACCUGGAGGCGUACGUGGACUGGUUCAACAGGCUCAGUUAUCUGGUGGCCACAGAGAUCUGCAUGCCGACGAAGAAGAAGCACCGAGCUCGAGUCAUGGAGUUCUUCAUCGACGUGGCGCGAGAAUGCUUCAACAUCGGCAACUUCAACUCCCUCAUGGCCAUCAUAUCUGGGAUGAACAUGAGCCCCGUGUCUCGGCUGAGAAAAACCUGGAGCAAAGUCAAAACAGCAAAGUUCGACAUCUUAGAGCACCAGAUGGAUCCUUCCAGCAACUUCUACAACUACCGGACCGCCCUGAGAGGAGCCACCCAGAGAUCAGUCACAGCCCACAGCAGCAGGGAGAAGAUCGUCAUCCCGUUCUUCAGCCUGCUCAUCAAAGACAUUUAUUUUCUGAACGAGGGCUGCUCCAGCCGCCUGCCGAACGGACACAUCAACUUCGAGAAAUUCUGGGAACUUGCCAAACAGGUGAGCGAGUUCCUGACCUGGAAGCAGGUGGAGUGUCCGUUUGAGAAGGACCGCAAGAUCCUGCAGUACCUGCUGACCGCCCCGGUGGUCUCUGAGGACGCUCUGUAUCUGGCUUCAUACGAGAGCGAAGCUCCUGAGAACAACAUGGAGAAGGACAGAUGGAAGUCUCUGAGAUCCAGUCUGCUCAGCAGGGUCUGAACCUCAGAGGACCAGGACCACGACAGACCCGACAGGCGGGACGUGUCCUGUCCCAACAAAGUAUCCCCAUGUUGGAAGGGAAACGACAAUCUCUUAACGCCGACCGGCGCAGACCCUCAGUGCCCCCCCCUGUGCUCCCCCCUGUUUGCUGUAUAUUUAAAAACAGCAGUUUUUCAUCUCUUUGUACGACUUUAUAGUCUUUUUGUGAAGGAAACACGACGACGUGUUUCGCCCUGACUCUCCUGUGUGACGUGUUGAACUCUAAAGUUAGCUGCUGGUCGGCUAACGCUAACACGCUAACACGCUCUGCUUCGAAACGCCAGCACCCCUCCGUACGGAGAAGCUCAGCCUGCUCACGGUUCACGUGUUUCGUUCCUUUUCUUCAUGAGUUUGAAGCUUUGUGUUGUGACGUGUGUGGAAAACAAUGCACUGGUUGUGUUAAAAAUAUGUAUUUCUGUUGAAAGUUUUCAGAUUUUUUUCUGAAGCAGCAAGUGACACUUAUUUAAAAUGUGUGCGACUGGCAGCUAGCGGUUAGCCUCAGCGCUAACCGUGGCUACGCUGCCCUCUGGUGGCCCCUGCAGGAACGACAGGACGUUGUUGUGUUUUAAUGUGAAAGUUUCGCUUUAAACCUGGUUGUUUUAUCUGUCGUAUUAAAUUCUGCUUCACAUUUUGUUUUAUUUAUAAACUCUUCACGUUCUUUCAUUAUUUAAUUUUGUACCAGGUACAUAACAAGCUAAAGUAUGAGCAGUUCUCAGAUAUUUGCUGAAUUAUUUUUUAUAUAUAAGUUUGUAUGAGACUUUUAUUUUUCAAGGUGCCCUGUCAGAGGAUGAAGUUCAAUGUUGUGGACUGAUUUCUGUUUUGCCUUGACUGUUUGUUUGUUUGUUUGUUUGUUUGGUGCAGAGUGAUGUUUGUGUCUCACACCGUUUGUUUCUGACGUCCUUUCAUGUCUUUGUUUGUAUUUGUACGGAAUAGAGAAGCAGUUUAUAAAGGAUUUAGUUGUUGUUAUAAGAAAAGUUAAUAAAAAUGUUUUAAAUGAU